CUCACUCUUUUGCUUCAAUUUCAAAUCUCGAAUUUAGCGUGCUAUUGUUGAAAGAAAAGGAGGAAAUGCAAAUCCAAGUGAAGUGCACUUGUGGAGAAGGCAACUGCCCAGAAUGGGCAAUCGUGGAACUCCAAGGCACGGUUGAAGCACAACCCUCUUUUCAAAACAGCCUCCAGAACCUUCAAAUCGGCAUUCUCUGCCGACAGUCUCAGGAAAGUCACACGUUUUCAGUUGGAUACCAUGAGCUAACUGGAACAAAAGUGAAGCUGAAGAAGCCCAUGUUAGUGUUGAAGAAGAUUAAACUACAAAAUGAAGAAGAGAUUGGCGAAACGGAAAUUAAUUCUUUGCGGGUGGAAUUGGAUGUGAUUGGAAUUAUUCGCCACAAAAUUUUGUUCAAGACCAGGCCGAAGGCACUUAUAUCGAAACCUCAACUAGCAGUCAAAGAAAAAGUUACCCCGCCAAGUUCCACAGUGCCAAAUUGAUUGGCUCCAGGAAUGUUGAACCGCAGAAAGACUUGCUUGUCUACAAUGUUUUUUACCACAUCUUGGAGAGGAUUACAAACGAAAAAAGAUGCUACUGUUUAAUACUGGAUAACAAACAUAGCUGAGUGUCUUGUUUUCAAUUCCCCCUUUUUUAAAACUUUCUCAGGAAUAAGAUUGAGUUGAAUGAUUCAAAUUGUUGCCUUGCAACCUCGAAUUAGGCCAGGUGAUUGAAAUUUAGUGCCUUUGUGUAAUGCAAGACCACUUAACUUUUCUUGUAAAGAUCUCUAUAGACGUGAUUUUAUGGUU